UUUGGCCCCGAAUUCUCAGAGGCAGGCACGCCAGGGGCAAAGUUCCCACCGCGCCUUCACCUCUGCGAGUUCAGAUUCCCUAAGCCCUGAGGCCAGGGCAGGGCUUGGAGGAGAUGUCCCUGCUGCUCAGACAGGGAAACUGAGGCACAGGGCUUGCCUGAGACUUCCCAGGACUGCAAAUUUUUUAUUCGGGAACCUCUGGACCGAACCCCUUCGGGAAGGGGCGUGGAUGGUUGGGUUCCAGAGGGUGAGUUCUGCUCACACUCCCUCCAACUCCAACCACAGACCUACAAGGAGCUUCAAAUCCCCUUGCACGGGAGCAGGCUAACAGGCCCCCUUGAGAAGUAGGGAGGUGCCUGUCACACAGGUGUCACCUCUCGUCGCCCCGACCUCGCCAUGCGGACCCCGCGAGCGCCCCCUCCUCGCCCAGCCCUAUUGCUCUUGCUGCUGCUACUGGGGGGUGCCCACGGCCUUUUCCCCGAGGAGCCACCGCCGCUCAGCGUGGCCCCCAGGGACUACCUGAACCACUAUCCAGUGUUCGUGGGCAGCGGGCCAGGACGCCUGACCCCUGCAGAGGGAGCUGAUGACCUCAACAUCCAGCGGGUCCUGCGGGUCAACAGGACGCUGUUCAUCGGGGACAGGGACAACCUGUACCGGGUGGAGUUGGAGCCCCCCACGUCCACAGAGCUGCGGUACCAGCGGAAGCUGACCUGGCGCUCCAACCCCGGCGACAUCAACGUGUGUCGGAUGAAGGGCAAGCAGGAGGGCGAGUGUCGAAACUUUGUAAAAGUGCUGCUACUUCGAGAUGAAUCCACGCUCUUUGUGUGCGGUUCCAAUGCCUUCAACCCCGUGUGUGCCAACUACAGCAUGGACACGCUACAGCCCCUCGGGGACAACAUCAGUGGCAUGGCCCGCUGUCCAUACGACCCCAAACAUGCCAACGUCGCCCUCUUCUCUGAAGGAAUGCUCUUCACAGCCACCGUUACUGACUUCCUAGCCAUCGACGCUGUCAUCUACCGCAGCCUCGGGGACCGGCCCACUCUGCGUACUGUGAAACACGACUCCAAGUGGUUCAAAGAGCCCUACUUUGUCCACGCGGUGGAGUGGGGCAGCCACAUCUACUUCUUCUUCCGGGAGAUCGCCAUGGAGUUUAACUACUUGGAGAAGGUGGUGGUGUCCCGUGUGGCCCGGGUGUGCAAGAACGACCUGGGAGGCUCCCCUCGGGUGCUGGAAAAGCAGUGGACAUCCUUCCUGAAGGCACGGCUCAACUGCUCUGUGCCCGGGGACUCCCACUUUUACUUCAAUGUGCUGCAGGCCGUCACAGGUGUCGUCAGCCUGGGGGGCCGGCCCGUGGUCCUUGCAGUUUUCUCCACCCCCAGCAACAGCAUCCCCGGCUCGGCCGUCUGCGCCUUUGACAUGACACAGGUGGCUGCUGUGUUUGAAGGCCGCUUCCGUGAGCAGAAGUCCCCUGAGUCCAUCUGGACCCCCGUGCCAGAGGAUCAGGUGCCACGGCCCAGGCCCGGGUGCUGUGCGGCUCCUGGCAUGCAGUACAACGCCUCCAGCGCCUUCCCCGAUGAGAUCCUCAACUUUGUCAAGACCCACCCUCUGAUGGACGAGGCAGUGCCCUCGCUGGGCCACGCACCCUGGAUCGUGCGGACCCUAAUGCGGCACCAGCUGACGCGAGUGGCCGUGGACGUGGGAGCCGGUCCAUGGGGCAACCAGACCGUCGUCUUCCUGGGUUCCGAGGCGGGCACAGUCCUCAAGUUCCUCGUCUGGCCCAACGCCAGCGACUCAGACGCUGCUGGACCCAGUGUCUUCCUGGAGGAGUUCGAAACCUACCGGCCCGACAGGUGUGGACGGUCCGGCGGCGGCGAGGCAGGGCAGCGGCUGCUGAGCCUGGAGCUGGACACAGCCUCGGGCGGCCUGUUGGCGGCCUUCCCCCGCUGCGUGGUCCGCGUGCCCGUGGCCCGCUGCCAGCUGUACUCAGGGUGCAUGAAGAACUGUGUUGGCAGUCAGGACCCCUACUGCGGGUGGGCCCCCGACGGUUCCUGCAUCUUCCUCAGCCCUGGCACCAGAGCCACCUUUGAGCAAGAUGUGUCCGGGGCCAGCACCUCAGGCCUAGGGGACUGUACAGGACUCCUGCGGGCCAGCCUCUCGGAGGAGCGCGCUGGGCUAGUGUCCGUGAACCUGCUGGUGACGUCGUCGGUGGCGGCCUUCGUGGUGGGCGCUGUGGUGUCCGGCUUCAGUGUGGGCUGGUAUGUGGGCCUCCGCGAGCGGCGCGAGCUGGCCCGUCGCAAGGACAAAGAGGCCAUCCUGGCCCACGGGGGCGGCGAGGCCGUGCUGAGUGUCAGCCGGCUGGGCGAGCGCCGGGCAGGCGGCCCCGGGGGCCGGGGCGGCGGCGGGGGCGGCGUGGCCGGGGGUCCCCCCGAGGCCUUGCUGGCCCCGCUCAUGCAGAACGGCUGGGCCAAGGCCACGCUGCUGCAGGGCGGCCCUCACGACCUGGACUCGGGGCUGUUGCCCACGCCCGAGCAGACGCCGCUGCCCCAGAAGCGCCUGCCCACGCCGCACCCGCACGCCCUGGGGCCCCGCGCCUGGGAGCACGGCCACCCGCUGCUCUCGGCCUCCGCCUCCUCCUCCCUGCUGCUGCUGGCCCCCGCCCGGGCCCCCGAGCAGCCCCCCGCGCCCGGCGAGCCGGCCCCCGAUGCCCGCCUCUACAUCUCCCGGCCCGGCCGCGCCUCCCACGGCGACUUCCCGCUCACGCCGCACGCCAGCCCGGACCGCCGGCGGGUGGUGUCAGCGCCCACGGGCCCCUUGGACCCAACCUCAGCCGCCGACAGCCUCCCUCGGCCCUGGAGCCCGCCGCCCACGGGCAGCCUCCGGAGGCCGGGCCCGCACGGCCCACCAGCCGCGGCCCUGCGCCGCACGCACACGUUCAACAGCGGCGAGGGCCGGCCGGGUGACCGUCCCCGUGGCCGCCACGCGCGGCCCAGCACAGACUUGGCCCACCUCCUCUCCUACGGGGGGACGGACAGGACUGCGCCCCCCGUGCCCUAGGCCGGGUCCCCGACGCCUCGGCGGUGCCAGCCGCGGGAAUCAGACCCGGCCCCGCUCCAGUGGGUGCUCAAGCCCCGCCGGCCCACCCGCGCGGGGGUCCCCUCCGCCUCUAGGAAGCACAACGAGCUCGGCCCCCGACCCUGACCGGGGCCGCAGGACACUGAUGCGGUUUGGGGGCGGGCGGGCGGGAGGACCGUGCUGUGCAUUUGAAGCUGACCUUAUGCGCGUGGAGUUUGGUUUGUUUUCCAAGUUGCGUUUCUUUUGCAGUUUUCUAACCGAUUGCACAACUCCGUUCUCGGGGUCGUGGCUGGGGCGUGGAGUAGGCGUGGGGUGGGGAGGGGACCAACCCCGCAGACCCAGGCCCCCUCCUGCCCCGCAGAGCCCUUCUGCUGCCCAGGCUCCUGGCGUGUGUGAGUGUGUGUGCGUGUGCAUGCCGUGUUCGUGUGCGAGGGGCCGGGAAGGGGAGGGAGGCGUGCGUGUGCGUGCCCGCGAGGGCUGCUGCCGGCGUGUGCGUGGGGCGGGCCACGCGUGCAGUGUGCGUGUCUGUGUGUGAGCGGUGGCCCCAGCGGCCUGGGCAUUGGCUGAGCCGAUGCCGGCGCUUCCAGAUGGCCGGGGGCUUUCACGGUGCCGGUUAGGAGUUGGAGGGAGACGAGGAGGGGGUUUCAGGUAGGGAGUCACGGAAGGCCUGCCCAGAAUUCAUAUUGGCAGCAGCAGCGGUCUGGGGAGCGGGGAAGGUGGGCGGGGCCCCCCUGUAAAUAAGGCCCCAGGGUGGUCAGAGGGUCCCACGCACCCCGUCCCCUUGUGGCUCCCCCUUGACCUUCAGCUGACCAUGCAUGCCAGCUGAGUGGCCAGCUGAGUCCUGGACCCUCUCUGGAAUUUGCCUCCCCAAACCCUCUCCCCAUCAAUAAAACUGUUUACAACCACCGGCCCCCAAGGCUCUGGGUCUGCUCUGUCUCCUGAGGGGGGACCUGGCCAGCCAGGUGGCCUGGGGCAGUUGAGAGCACCCGUGAAGCUGGGUCACAGCAGCAAACAAUUCUGGGGCGCUUGGGUGUGGAAAUGUAGAGAGAGUUGGAUGGGGUCCCCAUCUUUAUCUGGAUGGCACCAGCUUCUGAUUGGCCUUUCACAGACAUUUAUUGUGCACCUGCUAUGUGCCAGGCACCGUAUGGGGAAAGACCCCUAUCUUCAUGGAUUUCACAGCCUGUUUGGGGAGAUCAACCCCAUACAAGCAAAUUAGGACCUGAUUUGAGGUGGUGAUGUGUUUAAUUAAGAAAAAGCCAGAUAGGGGGUAAGAGUGUGCCUGUAUUGGGGGGGGGAGCAAGGGCCUACCACCCAUUUCCAGAGCUUUCUCAUCUUCCCAAACUAAAACUCUGUCCCCAUCGAACACUAACUUUGCAUCCCCUUCCCCAAAGCCUUAGGAAUUUUAAGUGGAAUGGGAAACCAUCAGAGGGUUUUACGCAGGGAAUGUGAUCUGAUUUGAUUUAAGAGUUCGCUUUAACGUUGUGUCAUUACAGUUCACACCCCUUCCUUCCAGCGCACAUCAAUUGAGCACCCACUGUGUGCUGGGCACUGGGGAUAGAGCAGAGAACAGAGAGGCCUGGCCCCUCCUCUCCUGGGGGAGACCACUAUUAAACAAGGAAACACAAACACCCUGAGAGCAUCUAACAGACCCUCCUGAGUGCGUGUGGAUAUACGUUCAGCUUUAUUUAGAUGUAUCUGACAUUGUGUAAGUUUCAGGUGUACAACUGGAUGGUUUGAUAUAGGUAUAUAUUGCAAGCGGAUUACCACAGUAAGGUUAACACAUCCAUUAUCUUAUACAUUACAUCAGCUUUGUGUAUGUGUGUGUGUAGGGCGGGGGUGAGGACAUUUAAAAUCUAUUAGCAACUUUCAAGCAUAAUAAUACAAUAGUAUUGACUAUAACCGCCAUGCUGUACAUUUGAUCUCCAGAGCCUAUUCUAUAACUGCAAAUUUGUACCUGCUGACCAGCAUCUCUCCAUUUCUCCCACCUCCCAGCCCCUGGUAACCCCCAUA